AUGGAGUCACCGCAAAUGUACGACGCGGCCGGCGCACCGCCGCCGCCGCCGCAACCAGACCUCAAGAAGAACGACGACAAACGCACCAACUUCCAGCCCCCGGAUCUAGAUCCCCGGCACCUGGACUCCGAUCUCAAUGAACAGGAGAUCAGCUUGGACCUACAACACCUCAUUGAGGACCAGUUUCGAGGAGAGGAAACGAUGGCUCUGUUUCAGGAAAUCCUGCCGGGAGGAAGAUCGCCGCAACAGAGACCAUUUGCUCGAACCACAUUAGCGUACAUGCCGCAGCCGGUCCACUCCGGCGCGUCGUAUGCUGCCCCAGUUCAGCCUAAUUCACACGACCAAGCGCCGCCAAUAAAAGAAGAGCCUCCGGAACCGCACGACUUUAGAAGAUCAGUUACAUGUGCUCAGUACACUGGACAGUAUAAUCCUCAACCACCAGUCGGUGUGAGUGGUCCGUAUGGAGGCGGUUUUACCCCAUUGCCACCCCUCGGUGCGCCGCUGCUACCUCCUCUAUUAAAACACAAACCUCCACCCCCCCGACGUUCUUCGGGUAAAGUGAUAGAUAAAGGCACUGAUGAAUACAGAAGACGAAGGGAACGCAAUAACAUAGCAGUUAGGAAAUCGCGAGAAAAGGCUAAAGUACGUUCUAGGGAAGUGGAGGAAAAGGUGAAAACUCUGUUGAGGGAGAAAGAUGCUUUAUUAAAGAGGCUGGAAGCGGUGACCGGGGAGUUGAGUUUGCACAAACAGAUGUACGUUCAUUUGAUAAAUCUGAACCACCCGGAGAUCACGGAACUGUGCCGGUCGAUGCUGCAGCUAGGAGCGCCGCAUGCGCCGGAUCAUACACUCUGA